UCCCCAGAGGCCGCGUCGGAGCCUUGGCGGCGGCGGCGACGACGGCGGCGCGCACGGCCCGAGGAGAGCUGCUUGCCUGGAAGCGGCGGCGGCCCUCGAGACCCACCCGAGGCGCGUCCCCUUCGGCCUCCCCGGGCUACCAGGCCGCAGCGCCCGCGCCCCUUUAGCUCGCUCGCUCGCCUUCCUUCCCUGCGGCCCGCUGCGCCAUGGCGUUGGCGUUGGCGGCGCUGGCGGCGGUGGAGCCGGCUUGCGGCAGUCGGUACCAGCAGUUGCAGAAUGAGGAAGAGCCUGGAGAGCCAGAACAGGCUGGAGGCGACGCCCCUCCACCUUACAGCAGCAUCUCUGCAGAGAGCGCAGCAUAUUUUGACUACAAAGAUGAGUGUGGAUUUCCAAAGCCUCCUUCCUAUAAUGUGGCGACAACGCUGCCCAGCUACGAUGAAGCUGAGAGAACCAAGGCUGAAGCUACUAUCCCCUUGGUUCCUGGAAGAGAUGAGGAUUUUGUGGGUAGAGAUGACUUUGAUGAUGCUGACCAGCUGAGGAUAGGAAAUGAUGGGAUUUUCAUGUUAACUUUUUUCAUGGCAUUCCUCUUCAACUGGAUUGGAUUUUUUCUGUCUUUUUGCCUCACCACCUCAGCUGCAGGAAGAUAUGGGGCCAUUUCAGGAUUUGGUCUCUCUCUAAUUAAGUGGAUCCUGAUUGUCAGGUUUUCCACCUAUUUCCCUGGAUAUUUUGAUGGUCAGUACUGGCUCUGGUGGGUGUUCCUGGUUUUAGGCUUUCUCCUGUUUCUCAGAGGAUUUAUCAAUUAUGCAAAGGUUCGGAAGAUGCCAGAAACUUUCUCAAAUCUCCCCAGGACCAGAGUUCUCUUUAUUUAUUAAAGAUGUUUUCUGGCAAAGGCCUUCCUGCAUUUAUGAAUUCUCUCUGAAGAAGCAAGAGAACACCUGCAGGAAGUGAAUCAAGAUGCAGAACACAGAGGAAUAAUCACCUGCUUUAAAAAAAUAAAAGUACUGUUGAAAAAGAUCAUUUCUCUUUAUUUGUUCCUAGGUGUAAAAUUUUAAUAGUUAAUGCAAAAUUCUGUAAUCAUUGAAUCAUUAGUGGUUAAUGUUUGAAAAAUCUCUCACAAUCAAGUAUGUGAUGUAUUAAUAAUGCCUUAUCUAUUGUUUGUAGUCAUUUUAAAUAGCAUGAGCCUUGCCCCUGUAGUCAGUAGGGGGCAGUCUUGCUUUAUUCAUCCUCCAUCUCAAAAUGAACUUGGAAUUAAGUAUUUUAGUGUAAGAUAUGUAUAAUGCUGGCCAUUUUAAAGGGGGUUUUCUCAAAAGUUAAAACUUUUGUUUUGGCUGCAUUUCUGCACAUAAUCCAUACUCGCUGUUAAAAUUAAUCUAGAAAUUUAUUCACUUGUACUGUGAAGACCUGGAAGCAAAAUCAUAGUGCAAAAUACAUUUAAGGUGUGGUCAAGAAUAUGUUCUUAAUUGGUAAAAAAAAAUAAGUAUUAAUUUUUUUAUAGUCUGUAUUCUGAAUUUUGCAGUACCUUAUUGUUCUGUGUUAUGAACCUAAAAAAUUGUAAAGUUGUUGUCACUGUAUAAAAUAAAAAGGGCAAGGACAAAUGCAGCUUAUUUACUAAGAUGGAAUUCUUGACACUUUCUAUGUGAUUAGAGUCCCUACCCCCCCUUUUUUCCUUUUUUUAGGCGGAGGGGGGGGUAGGGGUGGGUGGGGUGGUUUCUCCUGAUGAUUAGGCUAGGGGCUGGGGUAGGGAGGGGAAUAUGUACUUAGGAGCAAAGAAUGGAUUAGUUUGGAACUUUUGAGAUGAUCCCUAACAUACUGUAGUACUACUUGCUUUUACAACGUGUUAGCAGAAACCGAUGAGUUAUAAACGUAGAAUGAUGUGCUUUCUGCCAAGUGGUAAUUCACCUUGGUUUGCUAUGUUAAAACUGUAAAUACAACAGAACAUUAAUAAACGUCUCUUGUGUAGCAACUUUUGCUGUA